AUGGAACACCCGCAACCCGACCAAGACGAUGCCAUCCCGACGGAGGAAGUCAUCGCGGCGGCAGGAGAAUGGCUCGUGAGCCUGUGCAGCAAGAAAAACACACACGACGACCCGCAGGGAUUCACUCCUCUCGAGCAGCUGAAAUCCGACGAGUUCUUUGUACUGUAUCGGCAGUCGCCGGUGUUUAAGCGGUACCACGUCGAGGCCGUACGGAAAUGUCUCUCAAAGGGGUUGAAACCGGACUAUCACCUUGCACGCAUACUGGUAGAGCAGGACUACACGAAUGUCCUGUUUGCGCAGGAGAAUGAUGUCCUGCAGGUCGCGAUCAAAGCGGUCAAGGUCGAGCCUGGGUUGCUCGGCCAGUCGCCUAGGGAGUCGAGUCCUGAGCUCAUGGCCAUUGUGGAGCUCUUGAUCAAACACGGAGCUUCGGUCACUUGCUUGGAUGAGGAUGGAAAUACGGCUUUGUUCUAUGCUUGCAUACUGGGGUAUGGGGAACUCUUCCGUUUUCUGGUGGCCGCUGGAGCGGAACUUUCGACCGAGCAUCACCGGUCCACCCCCGUACAACUAGGCAAUGCCGAGGACGGGUUUGAGGGGCCUCAGCAGGUCAAGCCGGAGACCAAAGUCAAUCUUCUUCAGGUCACGCUUGACGCCUUGAUAUCGCCGCAACGCAUCGUCGACAUGACUUCGGUUGGCUGGCCGCCUGGGGUGAGCUACGACAGACCGAUGUGGGCGCUAAAUCUCAAAGACACCUGGGGCGACAUCAUACUUCACCUCUUGCAGGCAGGACUCUCGUACACCAAGGACGACCCAGGACUUGUUAUGUUGCUGCACAUUGCCUGCUAUAAGGGCGUAUUCGAAUUCGUUGAGAGGCUACUCGGCUUUGGUGUCGCUACCAAUGUGGCAGGCCCUAGAAUGGUGGACGGAGGCCAGGGGGAGGGAGACUCGUUUGGUUCUGCCCUACAUGCCGCCGCCGCUACAAGCCAGCUUCCAAUCGCGAAGCUUCUCAUGGAACAUGGCGAAAGCCCGCGAACCCGCCGGCGUUGCGUCUUUGGCAACCGGGCGACGGAUAAAGACAAAACCCCUUUAGAGGUAGCCAUCGCAUCAGGGCGCUACGGGGGCGCGGAAAGACUCCUGGCCUUCAUGGAAGGCCUCCUAGCAUGCGCGGAAAGCCUUGAAGAGUCCGACUACCAGGAGAUGAUCGCCUACUGUGCCCGCAGAAACCAGCUCGACUUCGCGAAACGUCUCCUCCGGCGCGGCAUCCACCCGCAAACGGUGCCCGCCGACGUUGCCAGCCUCGAGAUGGCGCGACUCCUCAUAUCGCACGGCGCCGUCCUGGAUCCCGCCGCGAUGCAGAAGAAUGCGCUGUCGAGACAGCAGCUGGAACUCUUGCGCUGGUGUGUCGGCGAGUACGGGCCGCAGCUCGCCUCGGAUCCGGAGAGCUGGGGCAAGACGGCCGUUCGGUUGAUCAGCAGCGGGCAUGCGUACCUGGACACUAUCCAGUAUCUGGUCUCCGAGUAUCCCGGUCCGCACGUUGACUGGGUGUUCAGCGCCAGGCUGCGGCGCGACGAGAAGGACGAGCCGAUGCCGACGAGCUGGCUGCAUCUUGCGAUUGUCAGGGAUAAUAUCAGGGCUAUGCGGAUGCUUCUUGAAGCUGGCGCUGAUCCUGGGUGUCCUGGUCUGGAGUUGGAUGCGUCAACGGCGAUGCGGCAGGGUCAAUAUCAUUCCCUGAAGAACAUCGGUGAGCGGCUGCAUGUGGUCAAGAUGGUGGAAUGCAAGCUUCAUGGCGAUGACGGCUGGUCACUGCCUUCUUAUGGGGAGCUCAUAACUCGUCAAAAAGACGCCAUAAUCAAACAAAGACGGGCGUGGGACUUGCGGUUGCAACAACUCGUCGAGGCUCGACAAGAGUCCCCUGAUGUAAUGUUGCAGUUGAAGCGUGGACCGCCAACAACAACUGCACAUUUCAAUGCCACUAAUAGUAUACUUGAGUAUACCCCUUUACCUAGCAAAAGCUCGUUCCGCCUCUUGGAGUUACUCCCCUCAAGCAGCCGCGCAGCGCCCUUGAGUGGUCGUCUGGUACAGAGCGAUAUCACCUACCAGCCAGACUACGAAGCUCUGUCAUACGUCUGGGGAGAUGCCGGCCCCAGUGACCAUAUCCUCAUCGAAGAAUACACCGUCCCGAUCACUACAAAUCUCCACUCGGCGCUGGUACACCUCCGUGACAGCAGCGAAGCCCGAACUCUCUGGGUCGACGCCCUCUGCAUCGACCAGUCGACCCAUGGCGAACGCAACCAGCAGGUCAUGAUCAUGGGAGACAUCUACAAGUCCGCGCGCCAGGUCGUAGUCUGGCUGGGCGAAGCCGCCGACGACUCCCAUCUCGUGUUCGAGCACCUCAAGGACAAGUUAGCAAAGAAGUCCUGGCCCAACGUUGCGAAACCGACGCCCCGUCUGCGCCGCGCGUGGCUCGCCCUCAUCACGCGCCCGUGGUUCUUCCGCACCUGGGUCAUACAGGAGGUCGCGCUGAGCCGCAAGGCCGUCGUCAUGUGCGGGGAGGACGCGGCGCCGUGGAUGGACCUGGGCUGCGGCCGCUCCGAUAUCUCCGGCGGCGCCAACGGGCUGUCGAGCAGGCUGAGUUUCCCGGACAAUCCCCCGGACCAUCCCAUUUCGGGGUUCGACGCGGACAGUCACAUCUGGAGGCUGCGCUUGUUGAAGUACGGCAGUGACCCCGUGAGCAUCAUGCGGUACAGCCGCGUCUGUCAGACGAGCGAAGUCGAGGACAGGGUAUACGGUAUUUUGGGGUUGUUCGAGCCCGGCUUCGUCACGGUGGACUAUGAUAUGCCAGUGGAGCAGAUAUUCCGCCAGUUUACGGAAGCCGUGAUCCGGCUGACGGGAGAUCUACGCGUGUUGAGGUGUUUCGGCGUUGGAGCGCGGACGAAGUCCCUGCCGUCUUGGGUCCCCGACAUUACAGAUACGACGACGGCGGGCACGCUUCCCCUACACUCGUGGCACCCUCCCUACGGAAUCCCGCAAGACUUGGACUAUCGAGUGGUGGACGGGACUUCUUCCAGUGUCCCCGCAAGCGAGCUGACGCAAAAGAUUCUCCCCGGGAUGUCCUUCCGAGACGACGGCGCGCGUUUGCUUAGAGGAAAGCGAGUCGACACGAUACGAUCCCUGGGGCCCGAGCUGCCUGCAGACACAGCCGACACUCCCGGAACAGACGCAUUUGCCAGGGUCAUGCGAGAGUGGGAGGCCCUCGCAGCGGCGCUGAUUUCCGAGUGGAAGAAGACGACGGAUGCCCCGUCAGUGACGCGGGCGUUUGCGGCCACUCUGGCGGCCAGCCAUGGUGAUGAGCUGCACAGCAUCGACUUUGGGUUCGCCGAGUGGUACCGCCAUUGCGGCAUGGGGAUACUCGAGCAGGCGGAUCCGGCUAUGAUGUUGCGGGACCGCGAGUUCUACCUGUGGUGGCUAGGUGUCGGGAAAGGGGACGAAGAAGAAGAUACGACUGCCACUGAAGUUGAGUAUGAGCUCCGCGAGUUUGCUAAGCAGAUGGAGCUUUCCUGCUACGGCCGCCGGUUUUUCAUUACGGAAGACGGGUCCAUGGGGCUUGCUGGUCCUCGGGCCCGCGUGGGUGAUCAUGUCGUGUUUUUCCCCGGGGCAGAUCAACCGUUUGUGCUGCGUCGGCGGGAGGAGGGCGAGGGGUGGGUGAUGUCGAAUGAUUGUUACUUGUAUGGGCUGGAACCGUAUGCGUUGUUUCAGGAUGAAGAGCGUUUGGUGGAGGAGUUUGUAAUAUUCUGA